CAUAACAAAGAGCUAGUUAAAAUAAAGAAAAAGAAUGGAGAAUAAGAAAAUGAUGAAGGUAGUAAUGUUGGUAGAAAUCCUAAUUAUGUUAGUAAUGUUACAAAUUAGUCCUUCAUCAGCACAAAAUCGAGAGUGUUUGUUGCGGAUUUCCACUUGCCUAGAUGGUGCAAGUACUCAUCCUCAAUUACUUGAGUGUUGCCCAAUUAUCAAACAAGAAAUAAAGGAUGAAAGGGACUGCUUCUGUUUGCUCAAGGACAACGCCCUUGAAGAUGAAUCCUUUUCCGAUGCAUUGUCUACUGUCUUCUCUUUUUGUGGUAUUUCUGAUACUAUUCAUACCUUAUGCCCUGGUCCUAAUCCAAGCCCAAGUGGAAGUUUAAAUCCAACUCCACCAAGUCCUACUUCAACCCCUAUCGAGACACCAAUUAGUUCACCAGCAGGUUCUGGAGAUUGUUGGGAUGGAAUCACAAAUUGUGUUAAAACUUCAACCACGCCAAGUGAAAUGUUAGAAUGUUGCCCACUCGUCAAAAAAGAAUUAGCGAAUGAUAGGGAAUGCUUCUGCACUGCCAAGGCCCGUCUUCAUGGCAAUCCCUCAGCUGCUAAUUCCUUAUCUGAGUUCUUCACGCAUUGCGGCAUCCCUGGUUCUCUUGACACUUUAUGUCCUGGUCCUCCAUCAAGCCCCAGUGAACCGCUAAUUCCAUCACCACCAGGUUCUCCAUCAAGCUCCGGUGAACACUUGAUUCCUCCACCAGCACCUAAUACAAAUAACCCUACUUCUAGUGGCAAAGAGAGUGAAAGCAGGAGCUUAAGUGGUAGCACUAACAAGAUUGCAUAUUCUGUUGGAUUAUUUCCUAGUUUACUCUUGUUCAUUUGGGCGACAAGUGUCUUAAUAGGAUAUCUAUGAUGAUAUCAGGAGUUGUAUUGUCUGGAAUUUACGUAUCCAAGCUCUAUAACACAUUCUAAGAUUGUUAAAUUCUGUUAGUAAACCGUGGUUUAUGUUUUAGAAAAUUUAUAAUAUAAGAAUUCUAUUUGAGAAGAGGGUAUUUCUUCAAUAUCUAUAUUACUGUAAUGAAUAUUG